AUGAUCCUAAUGGAGGUUGGUGAGCGGGAGAGAGAGGACGGAUUCCACUCGGAGGCGGGGCCGAAGAGAUGCUCGCUUAUCUCGUCAUGGCCCUUUAAAUGUCAAUACAUCUCCCCUACCAAUAACAGGGGCACGAGCGGCGGCGCCGACUCACAGCUGUUGGAGUUGAGGUGCUUCCUGGGCUGCGCGGAGUUGUGCGCGGGCGCGGGGGGCCUCGACUUUUACAUUGUGUGUGUCAUACGCGCGCCCAGCGACGGCGCCGACUCACAGCUGUUGGAGUUGAGGUGCUUCCUGGGCUGCGCGGAGUUGUGCGCGGGCGCGUGGGGCCUCGACUUUUACAUG